AUGGCUUCAAGACUGGCAGCUUGCGAGGCCUGCAGAAAAUCGAAAGUCGCCUGUGAUCACAAGCGACCAGCAUGUACCAGAUGUGCAAGUAAUGACCGUGCAGGCAUCUGCAUCUACCGAACGACUCCCUUCAAGAGGAAAAGAGCCGAGAGUUCCACCCCAUCCGUGCAGCCAUCUCCCAGGUACGUAGAAGAUACUCCCUUUCUAAAUCUCCUAUUCGUGUGGAGUAUACUCAUUGGUCUGGGCAGUCGGGUAUCGCCGGCUCGAGCCUCGCCGUCAUUCGCACCAAGGAAGAAUCCCUAUCCAAACCCGGGAUUUCUAGGAUCGUCAAGCCAUGUCGCGAUCUUCAAUCAAAUAUCCCCCGAGGAAUAUCAUACCUCUGGGAACACUCAUGCUGCCGAACCAGAUAUGGCCACAAUAAUGCAGUCGCAGGUGCCCGGCGAGAAUAUCUUGAUGAUCCAGGGUGCCGACGUCCUCAGACAGUUGCUUAAUACAUUUCCCCUGGCUGCGAUGAAGGACUUCGUCACGUUCUGGCUGGAGACUGGUGCCAAUAUGUCUCUAGCAGAGCCCUUUGUCGAAAAGUGCACCGAGAACAUGACGCGCCUGUUCACAAGCUUCUCACAAGAAGACAACUGGCACUUGGCAUAUGCCCAACGCCUAACGCAAAACUCACGAGUGCCGCUGGAAAUUAACCCGACCUCUGAUAUAUCGGAGUUCUCUGCUCAAUUCCUCGAUCAGAAUUUCCGAUGGGAAAGUCUCGGAAUAUUUCUCUGCGCCGUUACUCGAGCGACGAUAGCUAUUCCCUUCUUCCCGCCAUUGUACAAGACAGAAAAGGAACAGUUCACUCUUCGGAAACUCUCGACAAACCUCAGCGAUCUUGCUCUGGAUAUAGCUCUCUCCUUGGAUAGUCUGAACGACAUCCAACUAGUCUUACAAUACGAGAAUUUCAUUAUCCACACUCAUGUGGAUGGGGAUCAGAGUUUCCAUUCAUGGAGUAGACUUGGUAACGUUGUGUCAUCCAUGUUUGCACUUGGUUACCAUGAAAAUGUCGAAAAAAGCAAACCACCCAUUCCCAACUUCCUGGCGGAAUUGAGGAAAACGGCCUGGGCCAUAACUUAUUCUGCUGAUAAGAAUGUGGCCAUCUUUUUAGGCCGACCCCCUCGCAUGAGCAAGCGAUUUUGUCAUUUCCAAAUACCGUUGAAUCCGCCAGACUCUGAGUUGGUCAAUGUUACAAAUGCCUGGGAUAGGCAUACUACAUGGCGGGUAGACACCCCGUUUUGCUACAGGGCAGGGAUCCGGUGGGCUGCGCUCUGCUCAGCACUCAAAGAAGAUGUUCUUGAGCUGCUUCGAGAUAAGCAGCGUGAAAACUUCAGCCAGAAAGCGAAUGCUGUCCGCGAAAAGGCUGCGAUUCAAUGGGCAAAACUUCCCUCGGAAUUCAAAUUGUCGUCUACUUUGAAAGAAUGCUCUGGUGACGCAUUUAAGCGUGACAUGUUAGCAAGCAUGCGUCUAGACCAGCUACACGUCAUCUUUUUGCUUCACUUGUCAUUCAUUGACUCUCUGACCGAGCCAGAUGCAUCCAUAAUAGAUGUUUCUGAUCAAAUGCUCGGUCUUGUAAUCGAAACAAUCCUUUUGCGGGACCAGCUGGUGUUCUCUGGAACAUCAUUAGUAUGGAAGAUCGCACACUAUGGUCUCCCCGCUGCAGGGGUGAUUCUUCUUUCAAUGUUGAAACAAGGCCACAUGCUGAACGAGGCGAGAGCAUCCCGGUCCAAAACCCUCAUGAACCUUGGUAUUUUCGUUGCGCAGGUUCAAGUCGGAAGUAUUGUUCGACGCGGUGAUCCAAAUUAUGCUUUGGUAUCAAAGGCUACGCAGGCAAUCGAGCGAUUCCUGGAUUCAGUUCACCGUGACAGUUCUCAGGUACCUGCUCAGUCACCUUCGCAUCCAGUGGAUAAUGGGGACUGGGAUACCUUCUUCAGCCAGGAUCUUUGCGAUUUUGAGACUGUCUUCUGGGAUAACCUUGCGGAUCAUCCGUCGCUUUUAGCUUCGGAUCAUGCUUUGCCUCCCAUAUAG